AUGUUGGAGGCUGGGAUAGAGAGCGUGUGCUCGCCCAGCCGCGAGCCCAACGCCGAACCAGCUGCAGACACGGUCGGUCCCCCAUCAGAUACCAGGAGGUUGGCGGGCGGCAUCCACCCAACGCAGCAGCUCCAUGUCCUCGCGGCCUUGCUGCGCUCGCUCCGGGCCCAGGCCCGCGCCCUGAAAGCGUCCCUGGCCACGUCCGAGACCGAGAAGCUGGGGCUGGUCCGCGCCGCGCAGGCCGCGGCCAGCGAGCAUGCUGCCCAGCUGGCCAUGGCGCUGGCAGGCACCCGAGCCUUCCAGACCGCAGCGGCUGCUCGCCAGAACACCAUCCAUGAACUCCAAAGGUCGCUGGAGGAGUGCAAGCGGGAGUCGAAGCGGGCCUCUGCAGCCCUCGCUUCCCGAGACGCAGAGGUGGCAGAGUGGACGCGGUCAAUGUCCCCUCGCCUGGCUGCCACAGCCUGCGCCCUGGCGACGGCAUCAUCGAGGCAGGGCUCCGCCUCGGCCCUGGUCCAGGCCGUGUCAGCGCAGCUGACGGAGCUGGAGGCCCGCUGGGCCUGCCAGGCGGAGGCGACCCGUGGCCUGGAGGCGCAGCUGGCGACCACGCAGGCGGCGCUUCAGGCCAGCGAGGUUCGGAGGCUGGCCGCCGAGCAGCAGGUCGCCAUGCUCGCAUGCGAGCUGCAGGCCGCCAAGGCCGAGGCGGCGGCCGGGAGCCUGCCGGCACGUGCCAGGCGGCCGCGCGGGGCCCGGGCCGGUGCCGCGGCAGACUGCUCCAGUUCCUGUGUGAGCGCCGAGUGGCCCUCCAGCCCCAGCACGGCGUCCCAUGCCUCGCAAAGCAGGGACGCUGCCGACUGGGAAGGAGGCAAGACUUCGGCGCCCCACGCCGCCUCUCGGCCCUCCGGACGCCAGCAUCAGCGCUCCCCGGCCGAGGACACGACGCAGCGCCGGCAGCAGCGCGCGCAGCACCUGCCCGCUCGGUCGGGGCGGAGGCUGCUGGACUCGACCGAUUCCUCCUCGGCUGGCGAGACGGGUGAUGUGCGGGGGGAGGAGUAUCAUCACGCUCGGACUGCAGAGACCGUGGCGCGCUCGGGCGGUGGGGGGGCCUCCCCUGCGGCGAGCGGCUCCGGCCUAGGCAGCCUCCCGACUACAUCGCGCCAGAGCAGCGGUGCCUCGCCGCAUGCUUCGAGGGUGCGGGAGCCGGCGGCGGCUCUUCGCCGCGCGCACGACGCCCAGGCGUCGCUCAUCGUCGGUCGGCGGCCACGCGCCUUCCUGGCCGGCUCGAUGCCGGGAAGCAGCGCCCGCUCCCCUCCCAGCCCUGGCACGGCAGAUGAUGGCCAGGCGUCGCGGCGGCGCCGCCCUCGGCGCCAGGUCCCUCCGCUGGACCUGUCGGGCGGCGAGGACGCGCGCGGGCCGGAGUGGCCGCUGCCCACGCCGCCCCCACGCACGGCCACGGACGGGGCGCCCACCCCCAGCGCCACGUCACCGGGGUCCAUGGCCAGCUCGGUGGGGCCACGGUUCUCCGCAUCAGUGGUGGACAUGCUGUCGGAGCUGGCGGCGGCCGUGGCGGCCCUGGAGGUGCAGCUCGCGCCCUCGGGGCCGCUGCAGGGGACCGCAGGUUUCCUGACCCCCAAGGCGAUAGCCAACCGCAUCAAGGCCAAGGGCCUCCAGAAGCUGCGGUGGUACUGCCAGAUGUGCGGCAAGUCCUGCAGGGAUGAGAACGGCUUCAAGUGCCACCUCACCUCGGACGCUCACCGGCGCCAGAUGGAGAUAUUUGGGCAGAACCCGGACCGGGUGAUCGAGGGGUACUCGGAGGAGUUCGAGGAGUCUUUUCUGGAACACCUACGUCGCGCCCACCCCUUCAGCCGGGUGCAGGCCACCGUGGUUUACAACGAGUUCAUCGCGGACCGGCAUCACGUGCACAUGAACUCCACCAAGUGGCUGACCCUGACGGAGUUCGUCAAGUACCUGGGGAAGAAGGGCAUCUGCCGGGUUGAUGAGACGCCCAAAGGGUGGUUCAUGUCCCUCAUCCAGAAGGACGCUGCCGAGGAACUGUUGGAGAAGAAGCGCCUGAAGCGUGAAAGGGCCGAGCUGGAAGAGUCGGAGCGCCACAACAAAGCCCUCGAGGCCCAGGUGGCCCGAGCCAGGGCCAGUCAGCCAGGGGAGGACCAGCCCGCCACCAUGUCCUCGGAGGGCGCGACCGACCUCCAGAGGCUCGACGACGCGCCCGUCGCCUUUGCCCUGGCAGCCCCGGCGCGACAGUCGGAGGCCCGGGCCCAGGCGCAACCCUUGCCCCUCGCCUUCGGCGAGGACGCGACAGGGCGGGGCCCACGCGCGGACGGGAUCAGGGCGGCUGCCCCGCCCCAGAAACGUAGCAAGCUGGAGGAGCUCAUGGCAAAGGCCUGGCUGGUGGAGGGGCUCACGGUCAAGGUCAUGAGCCCCGGCCUGAAGGCGCACGGGUACUACAAGGAGAAGGGGCUGGUGCUGCGAGUGCUGGACAAGUACAUCGGCGAGGUGGAGCUCUUCAGCAGCGGCGACAUCGUGCGUGUGGACCAGGAGGAGCUGGAAAGCGUGAUCCCCACGCCAGGCGGCAGCGCCGAGGUCGAGCUGGAGGGGGAGGGGCGGGAGGUCCGCUUCUUUGAGUACGAGGACAUCUGCAAGAUCACCUCGGGCACGACCUGA